AUGCCUGAACAAUCUCAGAUAGUGAUGCCUGAACAAUCUCAGAUAGCAAUGCCUGAACAAUCUCAGAUAGUGAUGCCUGAACCAUCUCAGAUAGCGAUGCCUGAACAAUUCCAGAUAUCGAUGCCUGAACCAUCCCAGAUAGCGAUGCCUGAACAAUUUCGGAUAGUGAUGCCUGAACCAUCUCAGAUAGUGAUUCCUGAACAAUCCCAGAUAGCGAUGCCUGAACAAUCUCAGAUAGCGAUGCCCGAACCAUCUCAGAUAGUGAUGCCGGAACAAUCUCAGAUAGUGAUGCCUGAGCCAUCUCAGACAGCGAUGCCUGAUCAAUCCCAGAUAGCAAUGCCUGAACAAUCUCAGAUAGUGAUGCCUGACAAUCUCAGAUAG